AUCUUUCGCCACGACUAAUGCGCUGCACCCACCAAGCGCAGCAUCAUGCUCUCAUCAGCGACGCUGUUGGUCGUCUAUCUCGUCGUUCUCGGGGCAGCAGAGAACUGCCGGCCAUCGGCGGUGUCAGCCUUCGUCCCGCCGCCCGUCCGCCUCUCCCGCACCGCCAAGCACACAGGCCUGGCCUCCCAGAUGAGAGCCACGAAACCGCAAGUUGAGGUGACCGACUGACUGACUGACUGACAUUCAUGACAGAUAUGCACUGGCUGUGUGUGUGUGUGUGUGAGUGACUGUGUAGAAAUCAGGUGAGCAGCGAAUGGCUGAGGUGGACCGGAAGCUGGGGACCUUCGAACGGGACGCUAGCUUCAUGGCCAAGUACAGCGAGUUCCAGGGGCUCAAGGAAGCCAAAAGAUAUCUCACCCUACAGCAGACCAAAGGCACGCACGCACGCCACACACACACACACUCGCGCACACACACACACACACGAUCCUGCAGGUGAGUCUCUUCUCGGUCUGUCUCUGUCUGUCUGUCUGGUGUGGCCAUUGAUGGGUGGGUGCAGGGACGUCGGGGGCUGGAGUGAAAGUGGCCGGUUUGACGAAAAAGGGCUGGACCAAUAUUUUCAUUACCGUCGCGCUUCUUGUCUCGCUAGUCUGGGUGUUUUUCUUCACAGUCGAUUAUAUGCUGGCCCCCUUGCGUGCCGACUUUGGAAAGUGACGAGCGGGCGGGCCGGCGGGUUGCCUCUGCGGACUGGCUGAUGUGUGUGAGUAUGUAGACGUAGCGAAGGGGUGAGGUCACACGAUUCGCUACGGAUUUCUGUGUCGGGUUUGCAGUGGGGAGUAUGUGAGCGACUGCUCAGGCUGGGUGUAAAGGGACUGUUAUCCAGCGGUUUUAAACCAACGGCUUGCCGGGAAAAAUUGUGGGGAGCUGGGUUCAAGAAGCGGAACCCGCAGCUGCGAGUCCGCCACGGGUGCAUGUGGGAUCAGACCCUCGGGCGCCCUCAGCUGCUGGGAGUGGUGGAUUAGGAGGGUCUUCUGAUGACAUCGUCUGUCCCCUUGUCGUUGGUCAGGGGUUCGCUUUUGCUGCGCCCAUGUCGACCGUGAGUAUGUCGAUGUCGAUGCCGUGUGUGAACGUUAGUCGAGAGCCGAAGGUGGAGUCAACGUUAACGGUCAA